AUGAGUUCUUCAGGUUCGUCCGGCUCGCCUGAUUCUCCUGGUUGCUCCACUUCGCCAGGGAGUUAUCUGCCGAAUGGAGAAAUCCGUGCAGGGACAGGAACAAAUGGCACUGUUCACAUUGACGAAGCGAAAUAUUUCGGAAGCCUUAAAUUAAGGGACAUGCACCGGGAUUGUGCCACUGCCGGUGAGGCAGUCUUUCCAGCUGACCAGGAAAAUCCAGGGGACAUAAUAACUAACUGGGAGGGACAACAAACAAGGGGAAACCGUCGGAUAAGUAGAAAGCUGGUUGACAUUUCCAUCCUCAAGAACGUUUUAAAUGUGUAUUUCCUAUUUGACAGGGACAAUGUUGGGCACAUCGAUAAGAAGUAUGCCUGCUAUGUAAUUCAGAUGAUUUACGAAAAUGAUGCGAAAUUUAUGGUAGAACAUGUUAAGUUAAAUGGAGAAGAUGCCGUUAGUCAGAAGGAGCAAAAUCGCACAUUCUUCGCAAAGGAGAAUGCGCCGAAGGGGCAGAUAUUUUUUUGCACCAAGUCCUUCGCAACCCUUUUGUUAAUCCUCCUGCGGGAAGUAUCCGCGUUCCAACCUGUGGGCGAGUUUAUAACGAAAGAAGUUUUUAUUGAUGUCGUGAUGCAAUUCGUACAGACUAGCACACACGGUAGGGAUAGGCGUAUAUACGGAAUGAUGAAGUAUCCACAAAAUGUGAUCACCAAGUUUUACAGCUAUGUGCAUUAUUUGAAACAACUGAAUAGUGAACGAAAAAAGAAGGGAAUCAAAAUUAAAAAAAGGACAAAGGAAUUGAAAAGCAUAUUCUUCCUGGAUGACCAAUUAGUAAAUGCCGAUUUGGAUACUCACAUCAAAUAUUUUAAUGAAAAAACGAGAAAAAAGUUACAGAACAUCAAGAUAGAAAAGGAUGCGAGAGAAAUGAAGGAAUGCACAUUUUACCCAGAAAUUGCAAAGAAGCCACUGUAUUUGUUAAACAAAAAAUUUGAGACAAGAAUGAAUAAAUUAUAUGAGGAGAAAAACACGAAUGGGAAGUACACACCAAUUGGGAUAACCUACGACAUAGACGAUUCGAUUGAGAGGACGUUGCAUUUGCCGGAACGUCUCUCUUUCAAAAGUGACUAUGCGCCUUUUACAAAUUUUAGCGAUUUGCAACAUUUACACGGCGAAGGUAAUGCCCAACCGGAGAUCCAGCUGAAGUAUAUAAUUCACCAGGGGUACACGAAACCGAAGAAAAUACAUUGGAACGAUACACUCAGGAAUAAACGACCCGUUUCGCUUAGAGAAAUGGAUGAGGAUCUCUAG